UCUAAUUAACGUAUUUAUUCUUAGACCGCCUAUCACGCCCCGCACGCUGUCACAGCGGAGCUCCGGAGAGGAGGACCUUUUCACAGAAACCGGGAUUUUUGGCUACCCCUCUGGGCCACGCCGGCUGCGGUCCAAGGUUUUCCUUAUUUAGUCGGGCCGGCAUCCCUGCUCCAGCAGCCUCGCCCUGGGAGCGGUCUGGCCUGGCUGCGUCUCGCGAUCCGAGCUCGAAACCGCGCCCACGCCCUGCGCAGCUCCUGGAGGGCCCUCUCUGCCUCAGCCACGCACUGGUCGGGUGCCACCAAGAUGCUCAGGCCAGACAGCCCGCCGCCAUGGCAACCACAGCCCGCCCGCACAGCCUGGGCGCAGCUACUCACAGCGCGGUGGCGUCCACCGGGAUACGCAGCGCGGGCCCAAGCGUCCGCAGCCACCGGCCAGAGCAGUUGACCCGGCAGGCCGCAUCGGGUGCUGGACUGCAGAGACAGGGGGGCGGGCAAGGCCCGCAGCCCGGCCUGGGAUCCCCCGCCAGCAACCCGAGCCACAGGCCCAGGCCUAAGGCCAGCGCCAGUCGAGCGGGCGCUCCGGGCGGCAUCGUCAGCGGAGCGCGCGCAUGGCCCCGGCUCCCCGAGGCCCUGCGCGCCGGCGGCCGCAAUUCAGGAGGAACCCGCGGACCUCAUGGAAGAAGACCCCCAAGAGCAAGGGUGGCAGUGUGCCUGCUGCUUCUGCCCUGCCCGCCACCAACGGGUCCCUGUCGGCGCGCCCGGGGACUACGCGCCCUGGCCGGGAGACUCCGCCCAACGGGCCCCCGCAGUCCGGCCGGCCCUCGCUGGGCGGCAGUGGCGACUUCUACGACGUUGCUUUCAAGGUCAUGCUGGUAGGGGAUUCAGGAGUGGGGAAGACCUGCCUGCUUGUGCGCUUCAAGGAUGGAGCUUUCCUGGCUGGUACCUUCAUCUCCACUGUGGGCAUUGACUUCCGGAACAAAGUUCUGGAGGUGGAUGGCGUGAAGGUCAAGCUACAGAUCUGGGACACAGCUGGCCAGGAGCGGUUCCGCAGUGUCACCCAUGCCUACUACCGUGAUGCUCAUGCACUGUUGCUGCUCUAUGAUGUCACCAACAAGGCCUCCUUUGACAACAUCCAGGCAUGGUUGACAGAGAUCCAGGAGUAUGCCCAGCGGGAUGUGGUGCUCAUGCUGCUGGGGAACAAGGUGGACUCUACUCAAGAGCGUGUGGUAAAGAGGGAAGAUGGGGAGAAGCUAGCCAAGCUGUUUGCAGGAGUACGGGUUGCCUUUCAUGGAGACUAGUGCCAAGACCGGCCUCAACGUGGACUUGGCCUUCACAGCCAUAGCAAAGGAGUUGAAACAGCGGUCCGUGAAGGCACCCAGUGAGCCCCGCUUCCAGCUGCACGACUAUGUUAAGAGGGAGGGUCAAGGGGCCUCCUGCUGCAGACCCUGAUCCUGGCUCAGUUCCACUUGGAAGAAGCAGUCCUGUCAGGUUGGACGGGAGUCUAUAGGCCUUCUGACUUGACCCAGCAGGUGCCCCUAGGGCACCCAUUUCACCCCAGUGGUUAUGUCCUUGGUCCCAUAAAGGUCACAAGGCCAACACUGAAAAAAGGUCUUAGGUAUCAGAAAUGUACAGCCAUACCAUGGUCUUUUGUUGCCCCCUCCUGGGCACUUCCAGCUGAGCAGGCCCAUGGACAGGUCAGAACAUGUACAGUGCCUAACCUCUAAGAAAAGCCAUGUGUUCACUUGACACUGCUCAGGCAGGACCCCAACCAAGGACAAAAGGCUUCAUUGCUAUUCAUUGUGCUUUUGUGAGCCCCAAGGACUACAACAGUCAGCUUCCAGACUAUCCACUAGGAGGCUCUCUGACAAAGUAAAGAAUACAUGGAAAACCACAGAAAUACCAGGAAGCUAGGGCUGUGUCACCACUAUGAAGGCUGGUGACCCAACUGCUCCAGAGCUGAAAGUGGUGGUUGCCAAGCCCUCCCUGCCUUGAUUUCUAAUUGCAAGCCUGUUUUCAGUCCCAGUGAAUAAAGAUGUGUUUUCUGGA